UUAAAACGAUGAUAAUGUCCUACCAAAUCCCUAAAAAUCCUCGUUUUAAUCGCAUCAUUCUCCUGGCCUCGUGUCGUUGACUUCACCCGAGCUGUUGGGUUUGGCUUCGAGCAGGAGAGAGUGUGGUGCUAGUUGGAUCGGAUCAGCGGCUGGUGCGCUGCUGCGAUUGCCGGCGGCAUGAGGGUGGUGGUGACGGGCGCGACGGGGUACCUGGGCGGCCGCCUGUGCGCGGCGCUGGCGGACGCCGGUCACGCCGUGCGCGCGCUCGUCCGCCGCUCCAGCGACGUCUCCGGCCUGCCCCCCGGCGUCGAGCUGGCCUACGGCGACGUCACCAACGCGGACUCCCUCGCCGCCGCCUUCGACGGCUGCGAAGCCGUGUUCCACGUCGCCGCGGCAGUCGAGCCGUGGCUCCCCGAUCCCUCCGUUUUCCUCAAAGUUAAUGUGGGAGGACUUGAAAAUGUGUUGAAGGCUGCCAAGAGGACACCAACUGUGAAGAAGAUAGUUUACACAUCGUCGUUCUUUGCAAUCGGCCCAACUGAUGGUUAUGUUGCAGAUGAGACACAGAUACAACUUGUGCUGAUAUUGCCAUUAAAUCUUCCCCAGAGUCAGAAUCAUCCUGAGAAGAUGGCUCUUUGCUUUGUUGUCCAGUGUCUUGAAUCAUCUGCCAAAGUUCUUCCACAACUUGUAAAGGCACAGAAGAGGAACAAACAUGUUGAGAUGCAUCAAGGGAAAGCAUUUUGUACCGAGUAUGAGAAAUCAAAGGUUCUUGCAGAUAGAAUCGCACUGCAGGGAGCAACAGAGGGGGUGCCGAUCACUAUUGUCUACCCAGGCGUUAUCUAUGGCCCUGGAAAACUUACAGCUGGAAAUCUUGUUUCCCGCAUCUUAAUCGAAAGGUUUAAUGGGCGUCUGCCUGGUUACAUAGGAGAUGGGUACGAUAGAGAAUCGUUCUGCCAUGUUGAUGAUGUUGUUAGUGGGCACAUAGCAGCUAUGGAGAAGGGCAGAGUGGGCGAACGAUAUCUCCUCACUGGCGAAAACAUGUCAUUCAUGCAAAUUUUCAAUAUGGCUGCUAAUAUUACAAACACAAAGGCACCCCUAUUCCACGUACCUCUAUGGUUGAUUGAAGCAUAUGGGUGGAUUUCAGUUUUCAUUUCUCGCAUCACUGGAAAGCUCCCACUUAUCAGUUACCCUACAGUGCGUGUUCUUAAACAUCAAUGGGCAUACUCAUGUGACAAAGCAAAGACGGAGCUGGGCUAUAGUCCAAGAAACUUAACCGAAGGUCUAUCAGAGAUGCUCUUGUGGCUCAAGAAUGACAAACUGAUCAAAUUUUAGUCAUCUACCCCUUUUAUUUCUCACUUGUAACAUUUCACAUUUAAUGUACACUGAGAUGUUGCUUUGGAUGUACUGGGUAUUUUGUCGUGUAUAUACUUCGGUGUUGCACUGUGUCUACUUGUAUCAUAUCAGUCAGAAGGAAUUGUGUAAAGCUGAUAUCGUGCAAUAAAGGAAGAACCAAUGUUAUUUUCAAA